CCAGUCGCUCCUACGCUCGGCGCCGCGUCAGUACAUGCGGUCUCGCCGCGGUGUGCGGAUUGUUCUUUUGCGGAAAAGGAUUUCUCGCGUUGCCCCCUGAUAGAUCUCAUUCGCACUUGUUAACCCGCGACAACCGCGUGCCGCGCACUCGCAAGCGUCCCGUCGAGAUUCGCGCUUUUUUUCACGCGAAUUCCCUUCACUUUCGCAAGAAUUUAGAUUGAGGAUCAUGCCAGCGGACGCCGAACUCAGCAGCCUGCUCAGCAGGCGGCAAAGGAUCAACGACGAACUCGAGGAGGGCAAGGAGGUGAAGAAGCAGUACAAGUUCGUGAACGUUUACACAGAGUUCCACGAGCUGUCGCGCCGCGAAAUCAAGCAGUACGAGCAGACCUUCAACAGAUUCGAUGACGGUCAUGACGGUUACCUCGAUCUCUCCGAACUGAAGCGAAUGAUGGAAGUUUUAGGUGCACCGCAGACGCAUCUUGGUCUCAAGGCAAUGAUCCAGGAGGUCGACGAGGAUGGCGACGGCCGCAUAUCUUUCCGUGAGUUUUUGCUGAUCUAUCGUAAAGCACGAGCUGGUGAAUUAGAACAGGAUUCCGGAUUGAGCCAACUGGCCAGACUUACCGAGGUCGACGUCGACGAGGUCGGUGUUACAGGUGCUAAAAACUUCUUCGAGGCCAAGAUCGAGCAGCUGCGAAAGGCCUCGAAGUUCGAGGACGAGAUUCGCAUGGAGCAAGAGGAACGAAAACGCGAGGAAGAAGAUAAGGCGGCGAGGCGAGAACAAUUCCGACAGAAAGCCGCGAUCUUCGGCAAAUAAUUGCAAAGCGAAAAUCAUGGGAGAGCGAAAGCCGCUGCCUGCUCGCUUGUUAGAAUGUAAAGAUGGAUUGUUUUCUGUUCCUUAGGCUUAGGUUUAUUUUCGAUGCUCGAAGACGUCGAAGCGAUAUCCGAUGCCAACGAGCGAUUCUGUAAACCAUUUAAGCGCGCAUCGGAGCGAAGUGAAAUCGAGACUUGAUUACGAUGACGAUUGUCAGGAGAAUUCAAAGUGAUGGUUGAAACCGCGGUAUAGUUUCCUUCUAUUAUUAAUGUGCAAAAAAAGAAAUUUAGUCAUCUAUAAUUUUACAAAUAAUUUUUUUUGCGCCUGUUGAAAUAUCAGAAUUCAUUGAAGCAAUACUUCGUCAAUCUUAAUUUGAAGAUGGAACUUUUCGUUAUAUCGAACAUUUGCAGUGAAGUCUCAACUCCGGAUUUCAAACAGAGACAAUAGUAAAAACAAUGAAUUUUCUUUUCGCAAUUUUUAUUUUAUAUUUGUUCGCAUAUUUGUGUAUAUAUCGCGAUUUGAGGCAAUAUUGCAAUAAAGUUUACUGUAUGUGAAAUGCACUAUCAUGAAACGUGAUAAAGAAGUUUUAGUAACAUUCGCAUGGUUGUAUACGCGUAAAUUUUACAUAGAAAAUUGAACAUUUCAAAACGUAGCUGAUAUCUAAUACAUAUCAUAGAGAUAUAUUUUAAAGUUGGAUAACGCGCAAACUAUAUUCUCACUUGCUGUUUUAAUAACAAUUUUAAUGAUGUCUUGUUGUAAAAUGUUUAACAAAGGUUAAAAAGCACACAAUUAAUUAAUAAAUGCAUAAAGUGUUGCUUAACACAGUUGACAUUCAAGGAUUCAAAUUUUGCGCGAAGUUCAGAAGAGUCAAUAUCGAAUAGGUGGCCUGUUUUUUAUCACCGAUAUUACACGACUAUAGUAUAUAAAAUUUUCAACUUUGAUUCCUAAUAUAUAAUGAGUAGACUGAAAAGGGAAUUGAUAUGAAUAUUUGCGCUAUUUUGCAUUAUGCUACAAGAAAGAAUAGCCUUAAUUACUGCUGGGUUUUCGAUAGUGUAAGACUCUGUAAGAUUUGUCGGCGAACGUAUCUUAAUUUUUAUUAAUAAUAACAAUUAUUUUAUAGGAUUUUUAUUAUUUUUUUUUAUUAAAUAAGAAUUUUUAUUGUCAAAUUAAACGACACGCAUGAUACUGUGUACGUAUAACAUAAGAGAAAUAUGCAUGUAGAUAUGCUGUAUAUUCAUUCGGAUGCGUGUGAAUGUGUCAAACUACAGAUCUAGAUAUAUGCGUGCUGUUUAUUUAAUUUCCAAAAUUGGGAUAUUGGAUAAUUAAGUUUUACGGUACAAGCAUUUGAUAAAUGACAAAUUCAUUAUUAUGAAUAACGACUACUUUUAUCAACAGUUUAUUCUAUUUAUGUCCAACUUCGACAGAUGGUUUAAAUUUUGACUGAUAAAAAAGAUAACUCUUGUGUAUUCAGCGAUAAGUGUGGAACUACGAGAGCUAAAAGGAAAGACUAAAGAAAAUCGUUCGGAUUUUCGGAUUUUACAUAAUAAUUUAAAAGAAUGUGUCCAGAAUAUUUUAUAACAUUUUUAAUUAUGUACUAUUAUUUUAUAAUCUUCCGAUUUUUGUUUAUCAUAUAAAUAUUUAACAUAAGUAAUCGCUCAAAAUCUUAAAAAAUUAUUAUAAUUUCAGCGAUUAUAUUAAAUAAUUCCCAACUGAUUGUGCCUACGCAAACAACAAAUUCUCAUUUAAUUCUUAUUCAAUUUAUUAUCGGAGAAGUGAUAUUAUGAACAUCUGUAUUAUCUCUGUUAUUAAGUGACAAAUUAAUAAUAAUUACUUAUAGAAUUGUUUAUUUAAUAGCUUAUCGUUACGUAGUGGCGCUAAUAUGUCAAUACACAAUAGCUAACAAUUAUUAUAAGGCACUUUUACUUUUCAGCAUUUUGAAACUUUUUCAAGCUACAUUUAAAUAUUUAAUUACACUAUUUCUUCAUUGUUUUUAAAUUAGAGCAUAUUAUCACACAAAUGUAUGUCCGAGUGUUUCUAAUUAUUUUACUUUUUAUUUAGCUAUACAAAUUUUAAGUUACGAAAAAUUAUUUAAUAACAUAACAUUUUGUUAAUGUGGAUAUAUAAGUCUGCUAGUAUGGAUACUAUCUAGAUUUUCAUAACAAAAUAUUUCUUUGAUAAAUUGAUUUUUACUCUAAAGGCUACGUUUAGAAACAUUAGAUAUCAUUUUAUCUUUGUUGUGUUGAAUGUUAUACAAACAUAAAAUGAUAUCUCUAAUAUUUCUGUACGCAAGAAAAUUAUAUAUAUAUAUAUAUAAUUUUGUAACAAAAUACUAUAUCUUUUUUCAACAAAAUCAAUUUUUAAUUUUAUUUUUGUGAUGAUUUAUAUUACAAUUCCCGUUCUUGUUCGAUCCGAUAUUGUCAUAUUUUUAUAAAUCACGUUCUAAGCAAUUUCGUAACUUUGAACAUGGAAUCUAUUAAACAACAUUUUAUCGAUGAAUAUAAUCGUUAAGUUUUAAUACAAAAUAUUGAUUAUUAACAAAGAAAGGUAUUGAAUAAAAUGUAAAUGGGUAUUCAUAAUAUCAUCUUCUUUAUUAAAAUAUUACUGUUAAUAUUUUUAUCAUCUUUAAAUAUUUUUUCAUCAUAAGUAUUACGAUAUACAUUUUCAACGACACAUUCUGUAUAUAAUAGUAUUAAUAUAUUAAUAAGUCACAGGAAUAUCUAAUGUAAAAAGUGUAUAAGCUAUAGAUUGUAAAUAAAUUUAUUUUGCUGCAAAUUUUUAUGUAUCUAAUGUAUAAUGGCAUUAUAUAAAAUUAUGAAAAUUUUAUCGUGUUAUUAUUUUUAAUAUAAAUAAUCAAGAAAAUGAAGUAAAUAUAUCCAUACGCGUGAGCAAACAUUAUAUGUAUUUUAUUAAUUGAAAUAGGAAAAUAAAAAGACUCAUACGAUAUUGAGUGAAUGCAAAAGUUUAUGCCCGAUUCCAAUAAAUGCCAUUAUAUUAUAGUAUUAGUAUUGUUCAUCUGUGGAAAUGUAAUAUUCAACGAUUACUUAAGCAAAAAACGUGUGCGUUUUGAUUGAAUUUAUGUUGUAAAACAAAUUUUAAAAAUGGAGAAAAAGUUACAUUUACAGUAUAUUAUGUUUUAUAAGUUUCGGAAGAGUGUAACAGUAAAAACUAUCAUAAAAAACAUUUAAGAUGUUUAUCAGGAUCGUGCAAUUUGAACUGUUAAGAAAUAAUUUAAAAAAUGUAAACGUGGUGACUUCCAUCCACCUUGAUUGUGAUCUAAAAUUCGUGUUAUACAAUGAUAUCAUUAGGCAAACUGCUUGGUCUAUUUGAAUUUAUUUAAUUUUUAAUGUAUUAUUAAUUAAUUUAAUGCAGUUUUAGUUCAUUGCAUCUUUAAAUGAAUGUUUAUAAAAAGUUCCAAAUAGUGACACUAAAUAUUUUUAAAACAAGAUAUCCAUGAAUCUAAUCUGAAUGUUUUUAAUAUAUCCAAAACGUCCAAAAUGUAUAUUUUAACCCUAGCUCCCCACACAUAUUUUUAAAUCUGAAAUUUUUUAAUUUUAACUUGAAGCAAAAAACCAGUGAGGUUUUUUAAUUGACUCUUUGGACUAACAAAGAAAAAUAGUUCAAUAUGAAUCGUCCCAGAAAGUUUAAUAAUUUAAAGUAUAAUAAAUUGACAUUUUUGAAGAAUCAGCAAUUCGUGAUUUUAUACUAAUGAAUAAAAUUUCAUAAUUUGAACAAUAUAAAAUAACAAAUAAAAGAUUGUAAUGAAUAAA